CUCAAUGACUCAACCAAAAAUGCAACUUUCGUUGAUCCUCCUCUUGGCUUUACUUGCCAUGGCAGUGGCAACUCCACCGGGAAUCGCUUACCACCCCAGCCGUGCGCGGUGCAAUAUCAAGAAAUACAAGUAUUGUUAUAACCUAGAGCAUGUUUGCCCCAAGUUUUGCCCCGGUGGUCAAUGCACUGUUAAUUGUGUUUCUUGCAAACCUGUAUGUCUCGACGGCACCUCACCUCCCCCGGACGAUUACACCCCUCCAUCUCCCCCCUCAGAGUCCGAGAACCCUCCACCGUCUCCAACAACAACCUAUCCUCCUCCAUCACCACCAUCGCAAUCAGAGAAUCCUCCACCAUCUCCACCAUCUCCACCAACACAGCCACAAAAUCCUCCUCCAUCUACCCCACCUAAGACUGUCAAAUGCAAGAAUAAAAAUUACCCUCAAUGUUAUAACAUGAAGCAUGUAUGCCCCAGCUCUUGUGCCGGUGAUUGUGAAGUUGAUUGCGUCACUUGCAAACCUGUUUGUAAGUGUGAUAGGCCAGGAGCAGUAUGCCAGGACCCUCGAUUCAUAGGCGGCGACGGCACCACCUUCUACUUCCACGGCAAGAAAGACCAAGACUUUUGCCUUGUUUCUGACUCCAACUUACACAUCAAUGGCCACUUCAUUGGCAGGCGAAACGAAAACAUGAAGAGGGACUUCACUUGGGUGCAGUCCAUCGCCAUCCUCUUUGAUAACCACCAACUCUUUGCAGUGGCAACUCCACCGGGAAUCGCCUACCACCCUAGUCGUGCAAGGUGCAACAUCAAGAAAUACAAGUACUGCUAUAACCUAGAGCACGUUUGCCCCAAGUUUUGCCCCGGUGGUCAAUGCACUGUUAAUUGUGUUUCUUGCAAACCUGUAUGUCUCGACGGUACCUCACCUCCCCCGGACGAUGGAGAUAACACUUACACUCCUCCAUCUCUCCCCUCACAGUCCGAGAACCCUCCACCGUCUCCAACAACAACCUAUCCUCCUCCAUCUCCACCUGCACAACCGGAGAACCCUCCACCUUCUCCGACAACAACCUAUCCUCCUCCAUCGCCCCCUGCACAACCGGAGAACCCUCCACCUUCUCCAACAACAACCUAUCCUCCUCCAUCUCCACCUGCACAAUCGGAGAACCCUCCACCGUCUCCGACAACAACCUAUCCUCCUCCAUCUCCACCUGCACAAUCAGAGAACCCUCCACCGUCUCCGACAACAACCUAUCCUCCUCCAUCACCACCAUCGCAAUCAGAGAAUCCUCCACCAUCUCCACCCACACAGCCACAAAAUCCUCCUCCAUCUACCCCACCUAAGACUGUCAAAUGCAAGAAUAAAAGUUACCCUCAAUGUUAUAACAUGAAGCAUGUAUGCCCCAGCUCUUGUGCCGGUGAUUGUGAAGUUGAUUGCGUCACUUGCAAACCUGUUUGUAAGUGUGAUAGGCCAGGAGCAGUAUGCCAGGACCCUCGAUUCAUAGGCGGCGACGGCACCACCUUCUACUUUCACGGCAAGAAAGACCAAGACUUUUGCCUUGUUUCUGACUCCAACUUACACAUCAAUGGCCACUUCAUUGGCAGGCGAAACGAAAACAUGAAGAGGGACUUCACUUGGGUGCAGUCCAUCGCCAUCCUCUUUGAUAACCACCAACUCUUUGCAGGUGCCCUCAAAACCUCGACGUGGGACGACUCCGUUGACCGCAUCAGUCUUAGCUUUGAUGGACAACCUAUUACUCUCCCCGAAAGGGAAGGCGCCAAAUGGCAACCUGAAAACAAUCCCACUGUUUCAAUCACCAGAUCUAGCGACACUAACCAUGUUAUAGUUGAAGUUGAAGGGAAGUUCAAGAUAACAGCCAAGGUGGUUUCCAUAACCGAAGAGGAUUCAAGGAUUCACAACUGUAUAACGAAAGAAGAAUGUUUUGCUCAUCUUGAUCUGGGGUUCAAAUUCUACUCUUUGAGUGACCAAGUGAACGGCGUGUCGGGACAAACUUAUAAGCCUGGCUACAUUAGUCACCUAAACAUUGGCGCAACAAUGCCAGUGAUGGGAGGGGAUAGAGAUUUUCACAGUUCAAGCCUGUUUGCCCCACACUGUGCUGUUGCGAGGUUCACCGGGAUCAUUGAAGAUAAUUCUUUCAUGGGUGCGGAAAUGGCAGGAUUAAGCUGUGGUAGCGGCAUCGACGGACGGGGAGUUGUUUGCAAGAGAUAG